AUGGUGGGAGUGCAAUUGCUCAAAUCUAUCGUCUAUCGAGUUUUGUUCGCCCGUCUCUCCCCUCUCCGUCUAAAGAAAUCCAUAGCGUUGCUUGAGUUAAAAAUGGCAGCGAAGUACAUACUCUCUUCAUUGGUGGGAACAGUUGCAAUUGCAUAUGUAUUCGACAAUUUAAUUGCUGACCAGAAGGUUUUUGGAGGCACUACUCCAAAAACUGUAUCUAGUAAAGAAUGGUUGGUAGAGACUGACAAGAAGUUUCAGGCAUGGCCUCGUACUGCUGGUCCCCCAGUGGUAAUGAACCCUAUCAGCCGCCAAAAUUUCAUUGUCAAGUCCAGCCUUGAUCAAUGA